GCAAGGUAGGAUGCGUGCCUCUCAGAGAGGCUGCCUCGGAGGAGAUGAAGCGUCGUCGUCGUCGUCGGAGCGGGGCUUCGGCGGCCGAAGGAGGGGAUGGCGACCCCUGAGGCGACGCUGGUCCCGGUCAUCUGCUCUGGAUUUAGCUCAGGAGGACAUGGAUGAAGACUCAUUAACUCAUUCUUGGAGCUGAGGCCUUGUAGUGGAAUCCGAUAAUUCCUUUGCAGUUAUUAUGAAAACUUGGCUAUUCUGAAUAUUCCUCUUUGUGUUCGUGCAAGUUUGAACCACAAUGAGUUCGUGGAGUCAAGAAAAAGCCAGCUCUCCCUAUUGGGAAGACCGUAUAUUUUACUUGCUUCUCCAAGAAUGCAGCAUUAUAGACAAACAGACUCAAAAGUUAUUGAAAGUACCCAAGGGUAGCAUUGGUCAGUUUGUACAAGACCGGUCUUCAGGAGGACAUACCAGAAGCAACCCUUCGUCCAAAAGCAAAAAGUUACAAAUAGGAAUCAAGAUUUUGGAGCAGCCCCAUGCGGUUCUGCUUGUGGACGAGAAAGAAGUUGUUGAAAUUGAUGAGAAACGAGCGGAACUGCUUUUGGCAGUUACUAAUUGUGAGGAAAGAUACAGUAUAUUUAAAAGCAAGGCUAGACUGAGUAAGGGCCUCCACAUUGAAGUUGGCUCAGCUGUGAAAGUACAGCUGAGGUCAGGAGAUGAAAAAUAUCCUGGAGUUGUUCGCUUUAGAGGACCCUUGAUACAAGAGAGAUCACUGUCAGGCAUAUUCUUUGGAGUGGAGCUUUUGGAAGAAGGUCGUGGUCAGGGAUUUACAGAUGGACAGUACCAAGGCAAACAGCUGUUCAGAUGUGACGAGGACUGUGGAGUGUUUGUUGCACUGGACAAACUAGAGCUGAUGGAAGAUGAUGACAAUGAACUGGAAAAUGACUAUGCAGCUCCAGUUGACUCAAUGCAGGUAGACCUUCCUCCUUUGGAGCUCAACUCCAGGGUUUCUGUGAAGAUAGGGAAGAAUAUAGAGUAUGGGACAGUUAUAUUCUGUGAUGUCUUACCAGGAAACGAGAGUUUAGGAUACGUUGUUGGAGUGGACAUGGAUAAUCCAAUUGGAAAUUGGGAUGGAAGAUACAACGGACAACAGCUGUGUAGUUUUGCAAGUGUUGAAAGCACACUUCUCUUGCAUAUCAAUGAUGUUAUCCCAGAGGCUGUGUCUCAGGAAAGGAGACCUCCUAAACUUGGCUUUACCUCGCGAAGCGGCUGUGAUAAAGGGUUCAAUCACAGUAAGCCAAAGUCUACAGGUGCACUCUCUGACCCUGGAAAUAGAAACAGAUCAGAAUUUUUCUACACCUUAAAUGGAUCUUCAGUUGAUUCUCAACCACAGACAAAAUCAAAAAACACAUGGUAUAUUGAUGAAGUUGCUGAAGACUCUGCAAAAUCACUUAAUGACUCCUCUUCGGGGUUCGGCCAUUCUUCGCCACCUCUGCAGCCUCCCCCAGCAAAUACUUUAUCAGCUGAAAACAGAUUUCAUUCCCUGCCUUUCAGUCUGACAAAAAUGUCCAGCAGCAACAAUGCUAUAGGACACAGCCCACUUUCUUUAUCUGUUCAAUCAGUUAUUGGCGAGGGUAAUGUUGGGCCAACCCAGGAGAGCCCACCAUCAGUGGUAGCACCUAUCAAUAUGCAUGGGCUUGAAGCAGGUUCCUUGGCAGAAGUGAAGGAGAACCCGCCUUUCUAUGGUGUAAUCCGUUGGAUUGGGCAGCCACCGGGGGUGAAUGAAGUCUUAGCAGGACUUGAACUGGAAGAAGAAUGUGCAGGAUGUACCGAUGGAACAUUUAAAGGAACUCGAUACUUUACCUGCGCACCCAAGAAGGCUCUUUUUGUUAAGCUGAAGAGCUGCAGACCAGAUUCCAGAUUCGCUUCAUUGCAGCCUGUCUCUAACCAGAUUGAACGCUGCAACUCUUUAGCUUUUGGAGGUUACCUAAGUGAAGUGGUUGAAGAAAACACACCUCCAAAAAUGGAAAAAGAAGGCUUGGAGACAAUGAUUGGAAAGAAGAAAGGAAUUCAGGGUCAUUACAACUCAUGCUACUUAGAUUCCACCUUAUUCUGCCUAUUUGCAUUCAGCUCUGUUUUGGACACAGUCUUGCUUCGACCAAAAGAGAAAAAUGAUGUAGAAUAUUAUAGUGAAACUCAAGCGCUCCUGCGGACAGAAAUAGUUAAUCCUCUCAGAAUAUAUGGAUAUGUGUGUGCAACAAAAAUAAUGAAGCUGAGGAAAAUAUUGGAGAAAGUUGAAGCAGCCUCAGGAUUCACCUCUGAAGAAAAAGAUCCAGAAGAAUUUUUGAAUAUUUUGUUUCAUCAUAUUUUGAGAGUAGAACCACUAUUAAAAAUAAGAUCAGCAGGUCAAAAGGUUCAAGACUGCUACUUCUAUCAGAUUUUUAUGGACAAGAAUGAGAAAGUUGGAGUGCCUACAAUACAGCAGUUAUUGGAAUGGUCUUUCAUCAACAGCAACUUGAAAUUUGCCGAGGCACCCUCAUGUCUCAUCAUUCAGAUGCCUCGAUUUGGAAAAGACUUCAAAAUGUUCAACAAAAUCUUUCCUUCCUUGGAAUUAAAUAUCACAGAUCUGUUAGAAGACACUCCUAGACAGUGCCGCAUAUGUGGAGGACUUGCAAUGUAUGAAUGUCGAGAGUGCUAUGAAGAUACAGAAAUUUCUGCAGGCAAAAUCAAGCAGUUUUGCAAAACUUGCAAUACCCAAGUUCAUCUUCAUCCCCGAAGACAGAGUCAUAAAUUUAAUCCGGUGUCUCUUCCAAAAGAUCUGCCAGACUGGGACUGGAGACAUGGCUGCAUACCUUGUCAGAAGAUGGAGUUGUUUGCUGUUCUUUGUAUAGAGACAAGCCACUAUGUGGCAUUUGUUAAAUAUGGUAAAGGGGACUCUGCCUGGCUCUUCUUUGACAGCAUGGCUGACCGGGAUGGAGGCCAGAAUGGCUUUAACAUCCCUCAAGUGACUCCAUGCCCAGAAGUUGGCGAGUACCUGAAAAUGUCUGUUGAUGAGCUGCAUUCAUUGGACUCGAGAAGAAUUCAAGGCUGUGCACGAAGACUGCUUUGCGAUGCUUAUAUGUGCAUGUAUCAGAGCCCAACCAUGAGCCUUUACAAAUGAAAAACAGUGGUUUGGGAAGGAAGAAGUUUCCCAGUGACUUGAUUGAAACCCAAGAAAGUUCAGGUGGGCUGUCGGCUCACUUGCAUAUGCAUCUGUUGCCGGCAAUGGAUGCUUCAGAGGUGUGACAAGCAAAUGUCUGCAAUGAAAGAAGAAAACUUUUUAAAGAAGGAAAAAAACAACAUCCCUAAAAUGCGGUGUUUUGUUGCUAAAAUACUUAAUAAGCAUUUUGCACUCUAGGGAGUGUGUGUGUGUGUGUGUGUUUUAAAUAAAAGGUGUAAAGGAUGCUAUUAAAAUGUUUAGGCUACAUUUCAGAUGAGUUGUGCACAUGGAACAAAAUUUUGUGCGUGUCAAAAUUGCCAUGUCAAAUGUUCUGCAGAGGCUUCAUUCAAGGAACCACAAAGCCUAGGAUGGAGGGAUUGUAUUAGAGAGAGUCUCUAUGUUUGUGCAUAUGUUUUUGUUUUUUUUUUUGCAGCGCUGUACAGGUUGUACAGUUAGGAUACUGGAUUAUGACCUGAUUCUUACUAUUGAGACUUUUGUUUGCUUCUUUUGGCCCCAGUAUAAAUUAUAACAGGAAAGGAACAAAAUGGCUCCAGUGUAUUGAGUAAGCAUGUAAACACAUAAGCUGUUUGAUCACUCUGCUGUGCUCCCAUGGACCAAGAAUGUGCAGUGUUCUCUUCAUUGCUGAUGGUUUCCUUUAGAAAACAACAAGGCAUUAGCCGAUACAAAAUUUUUUCUCUUGUAGGAUGUCUGUUUGGAAUGAUUCCUAUACACAGAAGUUGGUCAUUGUACUGCACCAUCCAUGCAACUUGCUCAAAGCCUGUUCCAUGAGCUGGAUGAGCAGGUUGUCUAAAUAACUCAUUUUAAUACAGCAUGGAUGUUCCCUUGUUAAGUAAUUCCAAAAACUAUCUGUGAUUACAAAAUAGUAAUCUUAUGUUUUUGAGCUUAACUUUAAUGGGAGGGCCUUUUUGAUUAUUUUAAUUAUUUGAUUUUCUCCCAUGUUUGGAGACUCCUCAGCAGAAUUUCUGCAUGCCUUCUUUCAUCAUCAUGUUAGGUUGUUUGUCCCAAGAAGUUCCCCAUUUACUCAGAGGUUCUGAUUUGAAUGUAGCUUUAUUAUUUAUGUGAAUCAAAAGGCUAUUCUGUGUGUGAGAAGAAAAGGAGGUGGCAAGGUUCAUUCACACUGGAAUAAUAACAAGGAGUAUUAAAUUCUCUUUUGUAUGCUGUUACAUAAGUGCAUGUGUAUGCAUAUGUGUACACAGUUCUGAGACACACAAAGAAUCAAGCCUUGUAAUGGAUGUGUGUCUUUAGGAUAUAUCCAAUUUAAAGGAAUUUUACUGCCAUAGCUUUACCUACCACUGAGAAGAUGUUUUUGGACAUGGUGGUGCAUUGUAUUUGUAUUGGUUUGCUGCUCCCCCAGCUGCUGUCAUUCAGAUAUAUUGGGACUAUAACUCCCAGAAUCCUUCAGCCAGCUAGUUUCUUUGGAACGCAUCAGGUUGAGGAAGGCUGGCAUAGUCCUCAUAUCUUUCUUGCUCUUGUAGGGCUUUCAGGUCUGGCUCAACCUUUGACAACCUGGUGCAAAAUUGAAUUGAGGGGACAGCAUUCUACACAACUCAAGUUGUUGGCAUAAAUGUGUCCUACAGACACCCAUAUAUAAUAUUCCCAGGUUCAAAACAGGCAGUGGAAACAUUAUCAUUGUAUUUCUCACUUUUUGUCUCAGGGAAUAUUAUUGAAAUCAAAUCUAAAGCCCAUAAUAUAGAAGCUGAUACUGUACUUAGGAUUUUAUUGUAUUAAUAUAUUUUGUGGAAGAUUCCUUAAAAAUGUAUCAUCUCUAAAGAUUAACUUGUCCCGGUGUAUGGUCAAAUCAUUUGACUUGCUGCUCAGUACAUAUGAAAAAUUACUUGGUUAUUUGAAGUAUCCUUUGAAACAUUGAAUAUUUUUAUGAACUGUAAGUCUAAUAGUAUUUUUUUUUCCCUGUGGGGAAAUAUCUAUUAUAGUUGCCUUUCGUAUAUUCCUAAAAUAAGGGCAGCUAAAGGCAUAUCCGAUCAGAACCAAAAGGUCAAUUUUGUAAGGAGAAAUGGACUGCAGGUUAAUGGGGUAAUUCUUUGUUUUGUUUUGUUUGGAGUGGAUGUUGGGUAGGUUAUGGGAGUAGUCUGGGGAUCAGCUUGUUCUAAAGAGACUGAUGGAGAGAGUGAUAGUAGGACACUGACAUGAUUUUUUAAAAGUGAGUUCUAACUAGGGUGGCUAGGUUGAAUUCUUCCAAAAAAAAAAACUUGAAGGGAAAGAGACAUGAACAGGAUGUGGGGAUAUAAGCUGGAGAUUGUCUUUCAGGAUCCCAGGAAAAAAUACAGAAGAGGUUGUAUGUCCCCUGGUAUCACAGUGCUAGAGGUGGAAGGAUGAAGACUGAUAAUAGUCUUUGAAUGAGGACAGAUAAAUGAGGGACCCCCAGCUACAGGACUUACAGAAAGAUGUACAAAAAAGGGCCCUUGAGUUGAGGUAUUUCUAAAUAUAUUAUUUUUAUAUCAGAAACAGUGCACCAUUUCUCCCGUUUGGGUUGAUGUUGAUAAUGUCUGUGAACUAUUGGUUUUUUAAAAACAUUAAGUUUGCUUUCCUAGUAGGUAUGCGUGUGUUAUGUUUGUAUCUCAGGUUUUUUAUAACAUAUCACUGAGACACUAAAACAUCUUGCAGAACUACCCUUUUAAUAGUGAAAGGAGAGGAAAUGAGAAUGUCUUGGUUAGAUGGCAGAAGAUUAAGAAAGAAAUAAUGUGAAUACUGCAGGGAAACGUGAGCAGCUCUGUACAUCUGGAGUAACUCUUCAAAUUACUUGUCAAGGGUAUUUACUGGAGGAGCAAAGAAGGUAGUUACCAUUUGUCUAGUUCAGUGGUUCCCAAACGUUGGUCUUCCAGAUGUUUUGGACAUCACCUUCCAAAAGCCCAAGCCAGUUUGGCCAACAGUCAGGAAUUCUGGGAACUGAAGUCCAAAACAUCUAGAGAAGCAAAGUUUGGGAAUCACUUGUAGUUCUCCACUAACAAGCUCAUACUCAGCAUCUUUUAGAUUCUGGGAAUACCUCUCUGGUUUCAUUUGGUUUGUAAAAUUGCAUGCAUUCUCCCCUUAUGCUUCUGUGGGUCUUGUGGCUUGUUGGCCUCAGGAGGCACACUGUGCUUAUGAUCUGAGAAAGUAUGUAAACCCUUCCACAGAAUCAUAUGGGAGAGGCCAAAAAUGCAGGAAGACCCAUGUGAUUGUUCCAAACCAUCUGAUUUUGCCACUCACUUGCAUUGCUUGGUAAGGUAGAGAAUUUUGUUUUGGGGCAGUGGCUAUUCUUCUCUGUGAAGCUGCCUUGAAAUCUACACAUGUGUUAUCAGUUCUACAUAUCUUAUUCGUUUGUGGCCUAAAGGGGAAAAUGAAAAUAUAACUUGGACAGGCAGUUAAUGGCAGAUCACUAGGAGAUAUUUCUUACUUGUCAAAACAAUUACAAUUUAAGUGCUGACUUACAAGCCAGCACCAGAGACAUUGGGGGAUGGUUCUUAGACUGGAUUUCUUCUUUAUUUGAAUAUGACAUAAUUUAUUUCCUGUCACUCCUAAAUAUUUAGUACAAGCACAAAACUUGAAUUAUGGCAAAGCAAAGAUCAAAUUGAACUAUUGAACAAUAUUGAACAAGUGGCAAAGUAGAUUCAUAAACCCAAUGAGGUUUUCUGUUGGCUGAGUUCUUUGGUCAGUUCUUUGUUUCAAAUAUUUGAGGAAGAAUUCUGAUCUGCAAAAUGACAGAAGUAUUCUAUUGCUUGAUACUAAUCAAGGACUGUUUUAUAAAUCUUAGCCACUGUGAGGAACAAGACAAUAUUUAUUUUGAGGGAGGAGGACUAAACAUCUUCCAUUAGAAAAUGUCAGCUCUGAAGUGGUGGGCAAACACUUGUUAUGCAGUGACUUUUGAUCUCUGCUGGUCAUUUCCUCAAACUGUCACUUAGCAUUACAUUUAAAACAACCCAGUAAUUAUGCAUGUAAUGGUCUCUCCCUUUUGUGAGAUAAAAGGAGGAAAGAAACUGGUAUCAACUUUACUGCAUCUCUUGCCUCCUUUUCUCAGUCUCCUCUUUUGUUUCACUCAUUGCCCUUUUCCCAUUCUGAUACAGUGCUUGUAAAGUUGUGUUACUGUACAAAGUGAAUGUUGAACAGUCACUGCAUAUAGGGAAGGGAGUUUCGACAGAUACGAAAUCAUUUUGUUUUGGCUUGUGUUCCAUUUUUCAUGAAGAAUUUGGUACAAUAAGAGGACAUGGAAACACUAGUGUGAUAUACAUGAGGCAAAAGAAUUGUGGUUGAAUGAAUGUGAAGGCUGAAUUUGGAUUUUUACCUUUUACUUAGGCUGCCUCUUUUGAGGUUUGCAUUUUAUUUAUUCUGCCAUUGUAACAAAGUGUGUUUUGCAUUGGCUUGCACAAUUCCUGAUGUUUUUGUUAAAAAAAGAAUAAACAUCCUGUGGUUGAGUGUAGUUGUCUCCUUAACAGAUUGUCUCUCUACUGCAAGUUUAGGGAAAUGUUUGGCUUGCUGUAAUAUAAAGCCUUAAUUUCCCAAAGAGGAAGAAACUGUAUCAUAUACUAUUUCUGUAUUAAUAUUUAUUAAACCUGUUAUUUUUA